AUGAAUAGACAAACAGUGGUAUCAGCUGUUGUUUUAGGUAUUCUUUAUGGAAUGGUUGCACUGGGACCUGCCCUUGGUUUUUUAAUGGGCUCUGCACUACUUUCGAAAUGGAUUAAUAUUGGUCGGAAUGAAUUUCCAAAUGGAAUAACGACGAAUGAUCCUCGUUGGAUUGGCCGGUGGUGGGCAGGUUUUCUCGUCUCAGCAAGUUCAUUAACGAUUCUUUCAUUUCUUCUUUGUACAUUUCCUGCGAAAUUACCUCGGGAUAUUAGUCAAACAACACAAUCAUUAGAUAAAAGUCAAUCAACAGAAUCAGUCUGUGCUCUUGGACAAGCGGCAACUCGUCGUCAUACGUUGCCUAAACUAUCACAUCCAACUCAAUGUAAAGGUUUAUGUCAACUAUCGAAACUGAGAGAUAUAUUAACAAGCAUAGUCGAUCUUUUGAUGAACUUUACAUAUCUUCUAAUUGUUUUGAUUAAUUCAGUCGAAAGUAUACUCGUGGUAUCGUUUACAACAUUUAUGGUGAAAUAUAUCGAAUCGGUAUUCAAUUUAUCCUCAUCUCUAUCAAGUACAUUAACUGGUUCAAUCGUUGUCCCAGCUGCUGUAUUUGGUACAUUUACUGGCGGAUAUUUAGUGCGUCGUUUUCAUAUGGGUAUUCUUCAAUGUAUAAAAAUGAUUUUAACUGCUUGUACAAUAUCUUGGCUUGGCUUAAUUGCACUUCUAUUUCUUAAAUGUCAGUCAACAACGAUAUACCAAGGUGAUACAACAUGUUCGAAAUUAUGUCAUUGCUCACCGCACGUUUAUGAACCGGUUUGUUAUCAAGAACAAGUGACUUAUCUUUCACCAUGCCAUGCCGGUUGUACAAAUAUAAACGGAGCAGAUUAUUCAAAUUGUACAUGUUUAGCGAAGAAUCAAAGCGUUCGUUCGGGCUCAUGUCAAAAUGCAUGUUUUACUGAAACGUUCAUCUUCUUAUCAAUCUUAUUUCUUGUAACGUUUUUUCAAACAUUAAUGGCAACUCCACAAUUAAUGAUAAUCUUACGUUCAGUUCAACAUGAAUUACAGUCGUUUGGCUUAGGUCUAGAAAAUUGCAUUAUGAAAGUUCUUGCUCAAAUUCCUGCACCUAUUCUUUUUGGAAUUAUCAUCGAUAAUCAAUGUUUAUUUUGGUCGCAGGCGACAUGUGAUCGUCGAGGAUCAUGUUUUCUGUACAAUGGAGAUCGACUUCCAUUUACAUUGUUCGGUACGGCGAUUAUUAUCAAAGGAAUCUCGUUUUGUCUGUUAAUUGUUUUACUUAUUGUGACAAUACGACAACAUAGAAUGCCAAAUCAUGGCUCAUCUUCAUGUACAACUACUACUGCUCUACCUCUUUCAGCUUCUACUCAAAUAGAACAACAUUUAGAGCAAGAGAAUCCUCUAAUCACAACGCCCUCGUAG